AUGAAUAUAUCACAAGAACUUUAUGAAACAAAUGACAGCUUUCCUGAUGAAAUUAAAUCAAAACAUGACUUACUAUAUCAAAUUUUAAAUGAGGCACAAUGCAUUCUUAACGAAUCAAAGUCAGUUCAUAACUGCCAAAGAUUUUUUGAAAACAUGGAAUCGAAGUUAAUUCCUCUCAAGAAAUUUGUCGAAGACAUUUUGAAGCAUGAGAAGAGGCAUACAUUGCCACGAACUUGGAAGGAUAGUAAUAAAAAUACGCAAUACUGCGGAUAA